AUGGAAGAAUACAAGGCCAAGUACGCCAUCCACGAGGCCUGUCGGGAAGGUCAAACAUCCCGAGUCGACUCCCUCCUCGCCGCGAACCCCAAGCUCGCAAACCUCCGCGACCCAGACGAACGCCUCCCAAUACACUGGGCUGUAUCCUACAACCACCUCGCCAUCGUUCAAACACUCGUACAAAGCAAGUCGUUUGACGCCGACGUUACAGAUGGCUCAGGCUGGACGCCACUCAUGAUGGCAUGCUCUCGAAAAGAUGCAGAGCCAAUAGUAGAUCUGCUGCUCUCCAAGGACGCCGACGUGAACGCGAAGAACAAUAACGGUCAGACCGCCCUACAUUUUUGCGCAUCGAAAGUGAACCUCGAUAUCGCACGCACAUUGCUCGCACAGAAGCCGCCAGCGUCAGCACGGAUAAAAGACAAGAGGGGUCAGCUACCACUGCAUCGAGCAGCGGCGGUAGGCAGCGUGCCGAUGAUGAAGGCGCUGUUAGAUGCAAAGAGCCCUUUGAACGCGACGGACAUGGACGGCAUGACAGCGCUGCACCACGCGAUGAGCGAGGGGCAUGGAGACGCGGCGCUGCUGCUGCUCACCAUGGGCGCGGAACACGACAAGAAGGACACCGAUGGCCAUGUACCGCUGGAUCUCGCGCCAGAUGCGAAGACUAGGAGCUUCAUACUGCAGGCAGCUGAGCGGGAAGGCAUAGAACUGCAGUAG